AUGGACGAAGUGGACGUCGCGAUGCACAUUGAACCUCUCGUCGAGGCUGUUAAGGACCUGAAAGAGCAACUGAACGCCGUCGCUGUCGGCCUAAAUUCCAGGAUCGAUGCCCUCGCUGACAUGCUUCCUUGCCAAUCUGACACUCUCAACCGAAAAGUGGAGCUCCUAUUGGAAAGAACGCAGCCAAAAUCGAACUGCCUUUUCUGUCCAAUAAUGGAUAGCAAAGACUGCCAUCCCACGGGCAGAUGUUGCCGUUACCCCGAUGCCGUAUCGCGGGCAGUUCAAGCGAGCCACCUUGACCUCUGCAAUCGCUGUCUACAGCCUCGUCAUCGAGAGGACUGUGGGAUACUCUGCACCUACUGUGGCAGAGAACAUAAUGUCCUGCUUUGUCCAUGCAAAUUGUCUCAAUCCACGGCUUCGCUAAAAAGAAGGAAGUUCUAA